AGAACCUUAGGACAUCUUCUCCUUGUCUUCUGUUCCAACUACCUCUUCUGUCUAUCCCGAGCUUACACAUCUACACCUGAGUCUUUGACCAUCAAGAAGACAAGAUGUACACAUCCAUCGCCCUUUUCGCCGCCUCAGCCGGCCUCGCCACAGCAGCCACAUCCUACAAAGCCUCCUUCACCCAAUACGGCUCAACAGACACCUGGGGCUCCGGAAACUGCAACGUCGCAACCACAGCCUGCGGUUUCUACACCUCUCCCGGUUACUCAGCCGCAGUAUCCCAGAACGAAUUCGGCGUAGGCACCGGCGCCGGCGCCGGCCCAGCAUGCGGAACCUGCUGGAAGUUAACCGCAUCCACCGACUCCUCUGGCAACAGCUUAUCCUUCGGCGCUCCUAUCGUAGUGCAAGUUACCAAUCUCUGUCCUGCGGAGAGCAACCCUCUAUGCGCUCAGAAUGGAUUGACUGGAACAAACCAAUACGGCGCCAAUUUGAACUUUGACUUGUGUAUCGAUAGCGGGGCUAGUGCGGCACUGUUUGGUAGCACUGGUGUUGGGUUGGCGGUGGGAAGUGCUGAGCAGGUUGACUGUUCGAGUUGGAGUGGAAAAGUUGUUUCGUAGAGAUAGCUCGUGAGAUCAGACUUGCUGGCCAAGUGGCGAUACAAGAAUGCU